UCCCAGAUGACACACACAGAAAUUCCCAAUGGGGGUUAAAUUGGCAGAGCAUCCGAUGCAUAAUUCGAAGGUUUGGGCACCACCAAUCCACUUUAAUGCAUUUCUAUUUAUGUCAUAAUUACCACACUACAGCUAAAUAAAUCAAGCAUUGGCGUGGCUCUGUAGUAGACAAUUGAAUAAAUCAUGUCCCCCAUGGUUUCCUUGGUUAAUUUAUUCAUUUGGCUGUGUUUAACAAGAGAAGCAAGCCCCUCAAACAAUUCCAAUUCUUUUGUUUUAAACCCGCUUCAAUAUGUGACAACAACACUGCAACGUUUCUCACCCCUGUGCUUAAAUAAUGAAAUAACCUGUAUGCGAUGUAUUGAUAACAUUCACGUGACAUCCCACCAUGUUGGUACUCCAACAUGGCUGUUGCAGUGACUUCAAUGCGAGCCAUCUAUAAGUAAUAUGCCGCACUUUUUUGGCUGUUGUCAAGUUGAUUGAUACUUGUCGUAUUUGCACAUUUUUGCUUUAUAGUAAGGUCAGUCGGUAACUAGUCAAAGUGCAGCUAGCAAGCAAGCAGUAUGUCCAUUCUCACCAGAGCGCUUUCACCUGCAUGGAUAGCUCUGUUGAUCAAGAUAAGCCGUCCCAUCAUGUCAUGUAGGGAUGCUUCAUUUAAUGUGUGCUAAUAUUUACAUACUGUGCAGCUGGAGGUGGAGGAAGGGCAUGGAAUUAUUUCCACUUACUGUAUGUAUUGGGCGCGAGGGCAUACCGUGGCGCCGCCAUGCGGAGGCAUCCCUGUGACGUGCACGGUUGGAUUGCUCCGCUGGCCCUCUCCCGCUCAGCCCGCAGCCGCUUUCGCGUCUACUUUUUUAUUAUUAUUGUUGUACUUCACUUCAACGAAAUCAGUAAAAUACUGCUGCAGCUUCAUCACUGACUGUACGAAAUGCUAAAUAACUGCUCAUAAAAGAUGUUACGUCCCCAUAAUGCCUUAGACAGCAUCCUGACUGCCGGCGUCGUCUGCUAUGGCCACCGAUAUGGAAACCGUGGGGGCCGCGCACGCUGCUUUUGUAAAAAGUAACGAAUCAUUUUGCGUCGAAUGGGCUUUAGCUCGUGCGUGCGGCAAAGAAACAUAUUUUUUGUUGCAAGAAAUGCGGGGAACUGUGCAACGUCAUUCAUUGUAAGUUUGCAUAUAAUAACGAGCCGCGGUUGACACGACAAGCAUGGGUAAAUUUACGUUCCUGUUUAGUACACAUAGCCCUAUGACGCACGAUGACAGCGGCUUCUCCGCUUUGUGGGAAGCAAUCCAGUAUGCUUAGAGAUUCAUGCAGCCGCAACCUGUCUCAUAUGAUUGGAGACAAACGCACGAGAGCCAUAUGUACGCGCGUGCCUCAUUCAGUGUUGUAGCUAGAUAACGUUCCACAUGAGUUUGUCUGCGGCACGAUUUUAAUAUCUAUCUUUUGCUUCUCAUUACACGAAUUUUCGAAGGUUGUCACAUGUACAGUGCAUCUUCGAUCGCUACCCAGCCACAUCGGGAUGAAAAUUUUCGACGACUGACUCCGUUAUCCAGCUUGCACAAAGGGGCCAAUCGUGAUCGAAAAAUACGGUCCCGAUCGGGCUCGAUCGCUAUAGCAAAUGCACCGUGUGCCGGCCAGCCGUAUUACUUUUGCAUUUGAAUGGCCAUGCUGCAAGGUGUAGCUUACCGUGGUCUAAAUGGCAAUUUUAUGUUGCAGUGAAAAUACCAGCGUCCAGCAUUUAUAAAGCUUCAUUGAAAAGCAGUAUGACACUUCGCGGCUACUGUUAGAAGGUGAAUCAGUGUUUGAAGCUGGCCAUGUUUUCGCCUGUAGCGUAAAACAACAUAGAGAAGAACAAGUGACACUGGCUAUGGGCUCAUUUUACAGAAAUAAUCUAUAAGCAAGAAACCCAUGAGCUGAAGUCGAGAGUCUGAAGGAAACCCGUGUGGUCGGGAAAAGGCACGAGGACAAUUAAAAUGGACAUGAGCGCGAGGGGAUGGGAGGGGGGCGCAAACUGUGGUGGAAGUUACAUCGGCGAGACAGGUAACUUUCAGCAAAGACUCAAGCAGCACAUGUAUGACGUAAGAAAUGUUUCAUCUAACUCGCUGGCCGAACACGUAGAAGCAACUGGCCACGAAAUAGACCGGGAGAAGGCAAAGCUAACGGAAAGAGAAAUGAACUGGACUUCUCGGCUUUAUCUUGAAUCUCUUACAAUCCAGACAACGGCGCGCACGCUUCCCUUACAAAAUGAAUUUAGACAGUCUAUAGACUGUCCAAACCCCUUUUUAGACAGUCGAUAGAUUGUCUACAUACAUUUUUGUAAGGGUUAAUCGUCAUGACGGCAACUUUCCACACAUGUCCGCACGUUGCCUACGUCAUAUUUUAAAAAUACAUAACCGAACUGUUUGCGCAUUCAUUUUUAACUGUGAACAAGGCUCCCAUGUGGUAGCCGGAACGUCUUGCUUUUAUAAAUAUUCGUGGUCGGUGUCUAUUUUAACACCAUAAACUUGAAAUAACGAAAAAGAAAGACAGUUGAUUGCGGCAUCAUGCUCGUGAAAAACAGGGUAGCGGUAAAAGUGAAAGCUCACUCCUGGCCACUCGCGCACGUAGUGCAUGCACUGUGGCACGGAGCAGAAAUGUACCAGGCCGCCGAUAUAUUUACUGCACUUUAGCGGAUUGUGUAGUCUCUGGGGGUCCACACACAAGAAGUGAAAGCAAAACAGCGCUGUUCAAAAGCGAAAAUGCCGCGAAAUAGUGGUUAAAAACAACGAAUUCAACCGUCCGCUUCCCUUCGCCAGAGCGAGGCGAGGUCACGUGAUCCAACCCUGCACGUCACAGCGAUUGCAGCACCCGCGUCUCCAGUGGUGGGCCUCGCGCCCAAUACAGGGUGUUUCAUGUAACGAGAACCAAGGAUUUAAAAAGGGAGGGGGGGUUAUCUCAAGUGAAUGAAACCAGCAACAUGAUUUGUCGUCACGGGGAAUUCGAUAGGGUACCUUUUUAUAAUAAUUAGUUCAUUAACUAAGAUCAAUUAUGCAAAACCUUUAAUAUUCACUUUAGGGCCAAGUAUGUUUCGUUAUGUUGUAGGGGGCAUUCCAAAACAACUGAUCCAAUUUUUUUGUGACAACAUACAUACUGAGCGGCGAUCUUAUCUAGCGUUUAAAGAAAGCCUGCGGAAUAUGAAAUCAAACCAUGUGGCUGCGCUCAUGCGUUACCGCAUUGCAGCUCUCUUAACCAUGCAUGGAGUGAAACAGCCGUGCGCACGAACUGUCAGCCCAUCGCUUAUCAGUGACAGUGCUUUCUUGCUGUGUGCUGCUGUCAGAAAUGCUGACGCGCUGUGAAGCCGAUACGUAAGCUGCAGCUGCUCACUUCGCCCCGAUCCAUGCACACAGUUGUUUCGCUCAAAGCAUGGCUGAGACCACUGCAAUACGAUAACACAUAAGUGCAGUCAUAGGUUUUAUUUCAUAAUUCGGUUUUAUUCAGUUGUGGUUAAGUAUUUUUUUUUAAUCUGAAGAAGACACGCAAAUUGGGCGAGUUGGUGAGGUUCCAUGGUAAAAAUAGUGUAUAUCUUCUUCCUUUGUCUUGUGUUCAAGUAAGCGCUCUUUUAUAUUUUUACCACGUAUUUUUUUAAUCCUUGGUUCUUGUUAUGUGAAACAACCCAUUACAGGCACGCAUACACAUGAGGGUGUGUGCAGACCCUCCACAGAAGAUGGAAUCCUGGCUCCUCUGUGUGCAAGAAUUUAAUUUUCUGUUGACAGCUUUUUUCCUGUAAUGCAUGACUGCUGCCUAAAAGCUGUUCUAUCAUCAUGGCGUAACUUUAUCAAUAGUUGUUAUCGGUACUUCUUCCGCAAUGCGGUCACGUUCACCACAUUUCAGUGGGGCAAAAAGCAAAACCACUGGUGUAUUAGGUGCACAUUAAUGCCAGCUGGUCAAACAUGGAUAAUCUGAAGCUCUGCAGCCCCUCUGUAGCUUUGAAAUGUCAAACAAUUGACCAAUAAACUUGAUGCAGUGGUUGUCUCGGCUUGGAUGUUAUCGUUUGAUUCUUGGUUAGUCCACCACAGCCCAGAGAGAAACCAGAAGGUCUUGCCGUAGUCUUUUGCCCCUUCCUCUUAAGGGUUUACAAAUUUACAUUCGUUCAAAUAUGUGCAAAAAUUCAGUGCUUCUGUUUGCUGUACCACAAUGCUGCUGCAAAUAAAGAUUCAUUUCUACUGUGCAGCCAUAGUCGCAAUGCAUUCAAUGCAAUUGCAAUCAAUGCAUUCGAUGCAAAUGCGAGCCGAAUUAGUGCAGGGGCUAAAAACACUCCUUGAGUAACGAGGUUAAGAGGAGACAGAGCAACUUGAAAUAGAUGGGACCUGUGUCUAACAUUUAAACCUGGCGAAAUGCAGCUCUCAUUAUCACAAAAUAUUGUUUUGGCCUUGAAACAUAGCACUGCAGGCUCCAUGUACCAAGGUUAUGGUGCAUACCCAGAGCAGUAACCAGAAUACUUAAAAUGUGCAUAGCAUUUCUGUAGCUAGCAGAACGGAUUCCAUAUAGGUAGAUACUCUAACCUCUAGUGUGACAUCGCUAACUAUCUAACUAUCUGCUUCUUUUAGCAGCGAAGCUGUUUAAGCCGGCUGUAAUAACUUUGGUGUCUACACAUGUGUACAUAAAACUGUCAUCAUCAUGAACGGGUAUGUGCCACAGAAAUUGGGCAAAUCCCUCUACUCGCCGCUGGUCCACUAAAAAUGAAGAAGGCAGCUGACUUGCAGCACACAUCAAUUUAGAUUUCUAGACAGACGUAACCAGUGAUUGAGAAAAGCUUUAUUAAACCGUCAGGAUUAACCCAGUGAUAAACACCAUGGCCGCACGUUUUGGCUUUGCUGUGUGCUUCAGCGGUGCGUACAACGAGAUAAUACUAGGGAACGGGAGAGGCAGCAGUGGCUGCGAGAAGACCCCAGAGUGAUGGAAGACCUACGCAAAUGAUGACGUCCCCGUAGAUCUAUGGGAGGUGCGAACGCUUGGUUUCAGCGCAAGUUUCUGUCUCUGGAGUUUGAACAUCCGUGUCGUGUCUGUGACUGUUUGUGAUUGAACUCAAACCCCUCUGCGCUGAGAAGCAACCUAGAAACAACCUAGCAUCACCUAGCUAAAGCCUGGCAAAAACUUAGAAGCAGCUAGAUUAGACUUCAUAAUAGUCCAGGUGCGCUGUUUCAAGCCUUGUGCGACUUAGUGCAAGGUUCAAUUCUUUCUUUUUUUUCCCAAUGUUUGUGUGGCAGCUGUCAGUGUGGCUGCACUUGGUACACAGGUAAUUAUGCAGCGGUGCUUGGUCAAGGCAUUGGUCAUUUGAAAAGAUCUUGUACUUAACUGUUCCUUACCGUAUUCAGAAGAGGUGUUACUGUGGUCAGCAACAAUGUAGGAGAAGAAUCAGAAAUGAUACAAAUCAAGGAGGGGGUAAUUGUAUGAUGUGAACUAAAUAUGCAAAUAAAUGAUGCAGAAGUAAAAGUGAUAAUAGAUUGCACAAAAGGUAUAAUGGGUGUACAAGACAGACUUGCAUGUAAUCAAUUUUUUUUCAUAUUUUGUAAUUGAUCAAUUACAUUCUUACUUGGUAACAGUCCUUGUAAUUGAAUUACUUUUUUCCUGUAAUCAGUUGCAUAUAGCUGCUACUUCAUUUGCAAGACAAGCUCCUGUAACAGGAGAUGCCACAUGCACAGUAGCCAUGAAACACGUGCAUGGCAGCAUGAUGGGUAUGCAUGUCUUGUGGAGAUAGGUUUGCGAGACGCUUACCCUACGAGGCGACUGGCAAGAGACGCGACGUUCUCCACUGCCGCAGCGAACAAAGACGCUACGGCCGGAUUCGUCGACUCUCUGCCGCGGCACAGAAAAGGCACUCGAGGCAGGUUGGCAACAAACACGGGUUUAUUAACCCAAGAUGCAGCACAGUACGACAGUCACGGGCUUGCAGGCCAUAAAGGGAACUCCGCAAGACCGACCGAGUACACUUGCCAGCGGCGCUACGACUAUCGCACAAAGGGCAGCAGUCGAGCACACAAACGAGAAGCCGCCUGCUAGAGCAGCGUGUCAACCUCGUGCUGGCCUGAGAGCAUCUGCCGCUGGCAAGCCAGCGCCAGACAGAAGCGAGCUCAAGGGGGAAGGGGGUUGUCACUGGCGGCCGAUGAGGACAGGCGUUGCGCAGUGACGUGGACUAGAGUGGUCAUGUGGUGGCACGAUCAUGCUCCGGGCAUGUCCGUACACGUGGCUCGUGCGGGAAAGACCAAACCAUGGCUCGUACCAAGCAGAAAGGCCUGGCGGCGUAGCCAUGGUAGCCAUGUCGCCGAUUAACGGCGGUUCCCGGCGCUUGAGCUGCGCGGGGCCAGCAUACGCGCUAGCUGGGGAACGAGGCGCCAAAGGGGAGGGUGCGCUCAAUUCCUACAAUAUGUAUGCGAUUUCUAGACAUCUCUUCAAAUUCUGAAGCCCAUGCGGUUUAUUUUCUCCGCUGUAAUAAUUUAUAUAUUUGUUUUGGCUUGUCAGUUUUACGAAAAUGUCGUUUCUUCCAGAUGUGUGAAAAUGCCUGACUGGGAUUACAGUAACCAUCGAGAACAAAAACGAAAGACUGUAAUCCAGGUUUCAAGUGUAUUAUUAUUAGUGAAGUAGCAAUGCACAAUAUGUAAGGAGUCAUUUUACAAACUGUACAGUGACCUAGAAAGAAAAAUGCAUGGAUUUGUAAAUGGAGCAGGAAACAUUAAUGAAGCAGUGGUACACAACUAAAGCAAGAACGAAUGUGUAAAAGACAGCAAUAAAUCUAGAUGUCAGGCCGCUGGUUUUUUUUACCUUUGUAGUGGGUACGAUUCAGUGAGUGGGUAAGAAAGGAAGCCUCGCUAAAUUCCUCCGGCUUUAAAUAUUUCAUUAUUAGUCAUUUCACAUGUAUGUAUUAACUGUAGCUGCAGCCCAGUAGUGACAACAUAUAUAACCAAAUGUACACGUGCUCCUUGUGUAUUGGGUAUGAGCCAUUUUAGUGGGAAGAAGGAAGACGAUGGCCUUCCGUCCUGGCCAGACGAAGCCACGCACCAUCUUGGUGCCAAGGAUGCAGCGAUCAGCCGUGGUGAGUGAGGACUCGCUCCUGGCACCUCUGGACCAAGGCCUGCACCAGGUGGGGCCCCAGCUGCAGAGCCUGCUGGCAAUGCUCGAGUGGCAGACGGGCCAGAAGCGGUCCACUCUGUUCAUCAUCAUGGUCGUGCUGCUGUGCAUCUACAUGGUCACCAGCAAGAAUGCCCCACUUGUCUGCAGCCUUGUCAUCUACCUCAUCGCUGCCUACUCCUCCUUUCACAACAUAGAAAAUUCUUCCAAAAAUGAUGACAGCCGAUGGAUUAUUUUUUGGCUCAUCUUUGGCUUCUUCAAUAUGAUGGACUACUUCACUGACCAGAUUAGGGCGAACUUCCCUCUCUUCUGGUUGUUCAAGCUUUUGUUCUUGACCUGGUGCCUGGCACCGACUGGAACCAGCGGCGUGACUGUCAUCUAUUUUCACCUGCUGUAUCCGCUCUUCCUUGGUGUGAAUGACUACUGCGUCAUGGAUUUUGAAAGCAGCCAGUCGUUCUGUAGCCGCAUUUGGCGUCAGUGCUACCCGUGGAAGCAGGAGCCAGAACCACGAGCCAGGAAAAUGGAAGAUUCCGGAGAGCCUGCUCGGCCAGCUGUUCUGGAGGAGCCACCCCAUGCUUCUGAGAAAGAUUCUGCGACUAGGAAACCAGCUGGUGAUGGCAAAGGCAAAAGAUCACCAGUGCAUAAAGCUGACGAUGUCAAAGAGAAGAAAGCAGCAAGCAAGGUGGACGAUGAUGCUGCCAACAUUGCAACACUUUCCGCCACAGGAAAAGACAAGAAGCCAGAACCCGUUGGUUUGUCUGAGGCCGCUGACAAGGGGACAAAAGAAGAGGUUCAUCCUGCUGCUCACAAAACAGGUGCCGGCAAGGCAUCAGAUAAGCACAAGCACACAGAGUCUGGACAGCCCUCUUCUCCCAAUGGCAGCAAGGAGUCGGCCAUGCCAGCUGGCAAAGCAUCACAUCACUUGCAUGAGUCACACUCGGCUGCUGCCCCCAAGUGUAGCAAACCGCCAUCCCAGACUGCCAGUGACACCGUCAUCAAGAGCAAGACGGGUUCGCAAGAUGAAGGGACCUACCAAAGCCACCUCAGCUCAUACCGAAACACACGGCACGAGAGAGGCGCUGGAACGAGUUCGUGGAAUGACGUUAGCCUGUUCUCCAGGAAAGCAGAUGACAGUGGACCAGCAGCAAGAAAGUGUGAUGAUGACCGUGGAGGCUCAUUGCUUGCUAGUAGCAAGAGCAGCAUCCCCGUCAUUCAGCCUGUGGUCCAACCCUUGUUCAGUCUGUACAGCUCUCCCUACAGCUCAACAAACAAUGUCUCUGGCCAGCCGCCUGCAGGGCCGUAUGCAUUUGGCCCCAGCUACCCCAGCUAUCACGCAGGACCAUUUUACCCGGGCUGCCUGCAACGACCUUCAUUGGGCUACAACAGGCCACGGAUGCUACUCUACAACGGACAGAGACCAAAAUCACUGGGCUUGAGAAAUGCACCCUGUCUCGAAGAGUCGGAGAGCGACGUAGAUGACUCGAGAAAAAGGAAGAAUCCAAACACUAAGGACAAGGUGCAAGAUGAUGAUGAUGGUGCAAUUCAGAAAGAGGAUCACAGGGCUGGUCCUAACAAGGAGGAAGGGAAGAAGGCAGCCACUGAGGAAAAACUGGAGGUUGAGAAGAGGGCAGACAAGAAGACUGCUCAUUGAUAUGCUAGUCAACAAAAGCAGCGGCUUAAAAAAUGAUUUGCAGCUCAUACCUGUAUACUCAAGGUUGAUGAGCAUUGCCUGAAGGCAGCGUCAGAUUUAUGCGGCCAGGAUAUCUACAAAUUGUUCUGGACCUAAGCUUUUUCAGUUGCGACUCAAUGUCCACAAUUUGAAGGACCUGCUUAGACGAACAUGUGUUCACUUUUGUCUUGGCUUUUGGUCCCACUCAAACUGCAGCAUGCUUAGUAGCAGAUAUCUGAGCACCCUAUGCAAAUUUACUUGCUGAAAAUUGCACACACCCUUUAAUUAUUGUGCUGUAGCAAGCAAGAAAUGAAUUGUGUUUGGAAGGUGUUGCUUUGUUUUGUUUUUCCCUAUGUAAAUUGGUGCAUUAUUAGGAUAGUUUAUUACUUUGACAAAAGGGAUCAAACAAGUGUCAAGUUGCAUCAGAGCUGCAUAAAAUUGAAGGAUAUCCAAUCUUGACUAGUUGACAAUUCUGCCUUGAAGCUGUUAUUCAGUCUAUGCUUGUAAUGUAUAAACUCUGGAGUCAAGUGUAUGGAUUCAUUUGCGUCUCAUUUUAUGGGGCUUCAGUGCAGGUGUCAGCUCUUACAGGCAGCAUUGUUCCGAAGAUAUAGUAGGUUUUCUUGUGUGCCUCAGUGAGUCACUGUGCAAGCAGAUGGUGAUACUAUAUGAGAGUAAUAUAAAAGACCUGCACAACAAGUGUGCAAAUUGUGUAGCUCAAGUUCAGCACAACACGACACAAAUGAAUGCUUACUAUUCUCCAUCCACUUAAGUUUGACAGGUUGCCGACCACACAGAGGUCAGUGCACUGUAACGCCCACCCGCAUAGGCCACCCUUGUAAAUGAAGUGACAGGCUGGUGAGGGAAAAUCAUUGAGGCUGGCCAAAUGCGUGCUCUAUCAAAAAAUGUGUGUGCUGACACACAUUUCAACCUGUUACCUAACCAGGCAUCUCUGAAACUUUUUAGUGCGUUUAUGUAUGUAAGUGCCCACUCCGCUUCCUUUGAAAGCUUACAUUAAGCUUCAGUUGUAUGUGAGCAUCUGUCCUGUUCACAACAUUUCUUCCGGUACGGUUUUCCACUUACGACAUUACGAUGAUGCCCCAACCAACCCAACAAUCAACCCUUGUGAAAUUUUUAUUCUCAUAGAAAAAAUAAAUUUUAUAAGUUUAUUGCUUAACUUUCUAUGUUUUAAGGUAGAGUGACCUUGGUUUUCAUGCUGCAUUUAUUUUUGUCCUUUCUCCCUACUUUUCCACCGCCAACACAAGCCCACAGUUGACAAACCAUGUCUGUUUUAUGUGAGCAUGGUUACGCUUUAAAACACGUAAAAUAUUUUGCCAAAUUAGCUUGAUUUAGUAUUUUUGAGCAGAAGCAAUGGCUGCCUCAGAAUCACCCACACGUAUGAGCACAUCAUGCCAAAUAAGUUCCCAAACAUGUGCUCCGCCCAGUCGAGUAUGCUGAUUCAAUAUAUACUUGCAUUGCCUACUUUCUGUCAAACGUAUGGAAAGUGCAGAGCGUGGAAAAGAUCAACUGAACAAAACGGCCACUCGGUUACUGGUGUCAUAGUACUUACAACAUUGAUAGUAGUGACACUAUCAAUGUUGCUUUCAAGCAAUGAGUGACAUAGUAUGGCGUCUC